AUGCGCAACGCAACUAAUUCGGAAAUGUACGCGCUUGCUUUCCCUGUACUAAACACCACCUUCCUAUAUAUUGAACAAAAUCUUUGCAACAAUGUUGACACCCACUGCCUUUUCUUCCCACCAACAAAGGGAAGUGGUCUUCCAUAUUCCUUAGAAAAAGAGAAAAUUGACCAUCAUAGGCUUGACAUGACAAUAGAAAGAAAAGCAGCCCACCCCUCCAGCGUCACCACGUCCAAGAGAAACGCUGAAGGGGAGGCUAAAGGAGAUAAAGCCAAGGUGAAGGAUGAAUCACAGAAAAGAUCUGCAAGGUUAUCUGCUGAAACUGCUCCUCCAAAGCCCAAGCCUAAAGAGGCCUAUGCAAAGAAGGGAGAGAAGGUACCCAAAGGAAAAAACAGGGAAGUUGAUGCCUGCAAGGAUGGGAAUAACACUGCAGACAAUGGAGUUGCCAAAACAGACCAGACACAGAAAGCUGAAGGUGCUGGAGAUGCCAAGUGAAGUGUGUACAUUUUUGAUAACUGUAUACUUCUGGUGACUAUAGUGUUUGAAAUACUAUUCUUAUCAAGUUUUAUAAAAAU